GUGCGUUUUAGGCACACCUACUUGACAUAGAAUAAGAAACUGUCGCAUGCUUGGCCAGCUGUCGAUUCCUUUGCAGGCGCUCCGCUCAGACGGCGAAAUGAGUUGGUUAGACAUACUUUGUCACCCGGUCUGGGCUGUGUCCACGGCGCUGCUGGCCAUCGUUGUGCGCAUACAGAGGAGAGGGCGCUGGGAUCCACAUGCCUGCACCGUGCGGCUGAAAGGGAAGACGGCCAUAGUGACGGGAGCCAAUACAGGGAUCGGGAAGUUCAUUGCCCUGGACUUUGCACGUCGUGGAGCCCGUGUUAUCCUGGCCUGUCGAAACGAGGCGCGGGGGAAAGCCGCACUUAAAGAAAUCAAGGAGAAAACCGGAAACUCUGACGUCCACCUGCAUCUGGUGGACUUGUCGUCUCUGGUCUCUGUCAGGGAAUUUGCUAAUCGGAUUCUUGAGGAGGAGAAAGCUCUCCACAUCCUCGUCAACAAUGCCGGAGUAUCAGGUUUACCCAGACAGAUAACCGAAGAUGGGCUGGAAGUUUCUUUUGCCACGAACCACCUGGGACCAUUUCUUCUCACCAAUCUGCUGCUGGACUUGAUGAAGCACUCAGCUCCCGCGCGUAUCGUCACCCUCAGCUCAGUCAACCAUAAGAAGGGUAAAGUGGACUUCUCCCAUUUUCAUGGCGAGAACCUCACUUAUCACAUGGAUACAGUGUACAACCACACUAAGCUGCACAAUGUCAUCUGUACCAGUGAACUAGCACGCAGGCUACAAGGGACAGGUGUCACCGCAAACUCUGUCCACCCAGGUAUUGUCAUGACAGAAGUGUUGAGACACUAUCCAUUUAUGAUUCGUUUGCUUUUCAACCUCAUUGGAUUUUUCUUUUUCAAGUCUCCAGAAGAGGGUGCAGUCAGCUCAAUCUACUGUGCAGUUGCAGAAGAAAUGGAGGGGAUAACUGGGAAGUAUUUUGACAGCGACUGCUCCCUGGUUCUCCCUGCCCCUUUAGCUCGUGACCCCGCCCUUGCGGUAAAGGACUUUGAGAUCAGCGCGAGACUAACGUCGAAGCUCUGAAACCACUAUCAGGCAAAUAGAGGCUUGAUAAAAGAAAAGGGGUCAAAUUAUACUGUACUUCUUGAGUGAAUGUGUCUUUAAAAUCAAUAGGUGAAGUUUGUGAAUGCAUUUUUGUAGCAGCUAAUUAAAAGCAACAUGAACUGAAGUUCUUUUUUUAAAACGGAUGCACAAAUAAAUCAUGUACAGUAUAUGAAUAUUUGUAUAAUAUUCUCUGCAUUGGCUUGAAUGACAGGCUUGUUUUAGUUGUGAAAAUGGUGAAUGGUGUUUUCUUCUUUGUAAGAACGCCCUGUGACCUUUAUUCAGGUUUGUGAAUGAGUGAAAUGAAAAGAGCUUCCUGAAAGAGAUGACACCGUGUGGCCAACUCAAGCUGACAUGCUUCUUCAGAAACGACAACAACUCCAGUACAUGACAUCUCUUUUAUUUGCUGAUUCAUUAAAACAAUAAAACAUUUAA